CUCGUCGUGCUGCGGUUAAGGCGUGCCGUCCGCUCCGGGCGCCUGAAGGAGACUUGGAGAAUUUGGGGUCCCGCUGCUUGAGUCGCUGGGAGUCGCCGCCGCCGCCGCCACUGCCGGCAAUCCAUGAGGAAGAUGCUCGCCGCUGUCUCUCGCGUGUUGGGCGUCGCCCAGAAGCCGGCAAGCAGAGUGCUCGUGGCCUCCCGUAAUUUUGCAAAUGAUGCUACAUUUGAAAUUAAGAAAUGCGAUCUUCACCGGCUGGAGGAGGGCCCUCCUGUCACCACAGUGCUCACCAGGGAGGACGGGCUCAAGUACUACAGGAUGAUGCAGACGGUCCGCCGGAUGGAGUUAAAGGCAGAUCAGCUGUACAAGCAGAAGAUUAUUCGUGGUUUCUGUCACUUGUGUGAUGGUCAGGAAGCUUGUUGUGUGGGCUUGGAGGCUGGCAUAAAUCCCACAGACCAUCUUAUCACAGCGUAUCGGGCUCAUGGCUUUACCUUCACUCGUGGGCUUUCUGUCCGAGAAAUUCUCGCAGAGCUUACAGGGCGAAGAGGAGGCUGUGCUAAAGGGAAAGGUGGAUCGAUGCACAUGUACGCCAAGAACUUCUACGGGGGCAACGGCAUCGUCGGAGCUCAGGUGCCCUUGGGAGCGGGGAUUGCUUUGGCCUGUAAGUAUAACGGAAAGGAUGAGGUCUGUCUGACUUUAUAUGGCGACGGUGCUGCUAAUCAGGGUCAGAUAUUUGAAGCUUACAACAUGGCAGCUUUGUGGAAACUGCCGUGUAUUUUCAUCUGUGAGAACAACCGCUAUGGAAUGGGAACAUCUGUUGAGAGAGCAGCGGCCAGCACGGACUACUACAAGAGAGGCGACUUCAUCCCUGGGCUGAGGGUAGAUGGAAUGGACGUCUUGUGUGUCCGGGAGGCAACAAGGUUUGCAGCUGCCUACUGUAGAUCUGGAAAGGGGCCCAUACUGAUGGAGCUACAGACCUACCGUUACCACGGACACAGCAUGAGCGACCCUGGCGUCAGUUACCGUACCCGAGAAGAGAUUCAGGAAGUAAGAAGUAAGAGUGACCCUAUCAUGCUGCUCAAGGAUAGGAUGGUGAACAGCAAUCUGGCCAGCGUUGAAGAAUUAAAGGAAAUUGAUGUUGAAGUGAGGAAGGAAAUUGAGGAUGCUGCCCAGUUUGCCACUGCGGAUCCCGAACCGCCUUUGGAAGAGCUGGGCUACCACAUUUACAGCAGCGACCCGCCUUUUGAAGUUCGGGGUGCCAAUCAGUGGAUCAAGUUUAAGUCCAUCAGUUAAGGGGAGAGUGCACGUGAUGGAUGGUUACACCUUCUGGGGGCUCUUGGGCUCCAUCGGUAAGGGACUGUUCUCAACUUUGUUAAGGAAGAAAACCCCAUAAGAAGAAUGUAGGUUAAGAUAGUAAGUGCAUGUGUUUUGUACAGUGUUGCAUUAAAAGCUGUUACUGCACACUUAAGUACUUAGUGUGAAUGUUAUAUAAGGUUAUUUUAGAUUUCAGAUUAUUUCCUUAAAAUGGUUCUAUUUCUUUUAAUAACUGAAAAGCAUUUGCUAAAUAAUAUACAGCUAAAUCUAAAGCCAUUCCUACCCUCGAGGGGUGCGGGAGCACUGCCUGGACCUUGCAGCGGCGCCUGCGCCCGCGGCUCAGUGACCAUCCGCUCUCAAACGUUAUUUAUUACCUCCAGGCAGGGGGCCGAAGGACAACCCCAUUUUUACUUUUUCAAAGAUUUUAUUCUUAAGUUCUCUCUACACCCAACUUGGGGCUCGAACUCAUGACCCAGAGACCAAGAGUCGCACGCGCCAUGGACCGAGCCAGCGGGGUGCCCCAGCAACACCAUUUUUAAAUAAGACCACUUCCUGAUCAUUUCAAAGGCCAAAUAACUUAGUUUUCUUCAUUUAUACAUUAAAUACAAACCUAUUUUCUUAAUAGUUUUCUAUUUACAUUCAUAUCAAACAUUAAAUACAAGGCAUAUUCUUACCAAUUUUAUCUUUUUAAGUACAAUGCCAGUUCACAGUAAACUGUGGUCUAAAACAGUGAUGCUCAUGCCACCCUGUUACUUUAAAUACCUGCUUCACCUUUCCAGUCAGUUCUAUAGGGUGUACUGAGUUUUCCACCACAGCAACAUGGACAUUUUACAGAAUUCUGUAAUAUUCUGGGAUGUCAAAAUUAGAGUUCACUCACUGUACUCCAAAAACAUAAAGUUCUACUCACCUUUAAAACCUGUUGAUAAGUAACAGGUAUAAAAAAAAAAUCCAAAGUCAGUAAUCUUUAAAACUUCAAGUUCUUAAAUAAUGAGGUUUUCCUGGUGUAAACUCCGUGGGAAUUCAUGCGUAUGUUACCAACUUUCUAACAACAAAGAUGUCCGCUCUUGGCGCCCUCUGUCCCCUGGCCUAGCCAACUGGUUCAGCCUUAUCUUGGGAGGUCGGGGACCCCUGAGCCCUUCUUCGGUACUGGGUGACUGCUGUCCAGAGCCUGCAGAGGAGACCGCCACUGGGAAAAAACCAAGAGUCUGCUUCAGAGUCGCAAGAAAAGAGAAGUUCAGAGCCACACCACCCAGUAGGAGCCCUUAUGUCAAAAGCUACAGUGCACAAUCCGAGACUUGUCUAGAUGGCCAAAAUGUGUUCCCGACUUAAAUAGAGCUCUGUCCCCUUGUUUGGGCUCCUGCAGGAGUGGCACGUGGCCUCCGAGGCUUGUACGGGAGGGCCGGCUCGCUGAGUGCAGGGCAGGCUGAGGAAAGGGCGGGGGAGAGCUCGGAGGGCAGAGGACGGCUGCGAGGCAGGAGCUCUGGGGCUUCACGUUCCUCUCACUGGUACCCAGCUUUACCUGAAGAAAACUCCAGAGCUAGAGGGGAAGUCGGGUAGCUGGUUUUCUGACUAAGCCCCAGAUAAGAAAGGAAAUUAAUUUCAUUGAGUGGGGAAAGUGAGCGCCACUUUGCUUUCUACUGAUUUAAAAGCACAAUCACAGGAAAAAAGUCAUUUUCUAUUACAGUGUUUUGAAGCCAUUCUUACCGUAGCCGAAGGUGUCUAAGAUCUUCCUUAGUGAUGCUGUUAAGGAUAUCAGACAGGGUGUAGCCCUCUUCAACAAUCUGUAACGUACACCAAAUACGGAAGAGCUAAGCUGCUUUGUAAUAACGGCAUAGGAACGUUUUCUUUGUCGCACAUUUACCUUCUCUAUUGUACUCUCAUCUGCUCCUUGCAGUUGUAACCAGUCUGCGAGCUCUGGAUCAGUCCUUUGCCCCUGAGACCCAGGGGGGGAUGCUGGGUUCUCUGUAGUAUCUGCGAUGACGAGAAAUUUGUUUUGUUGUAUAUUAAUGUUUAACAGUGAAACCCUUCAAAGGUAACAAGUUGAAUGGAAUAAACUAUUACACACAGCA